AUGGAAUUUAAUGCAGGGCUGUUGGCCACCGGGCAGUACUGUGUUCUUCUGCCUCGAGCAGCAGAGAACGUCAGCCCCGAUGCCUCCGCUGGCCAGCUCGCCAAGGUUCUGGCUCCUGUGGCCGUGUACUGUGCGAGUGUCCCUCGGACCAGUGCUGGGCCCCGCGCGCUCCCGGGCAGAAGUGACUCCGAGCUCCAGACUUACGGAGAAGCCUCCCUCCAGCCAACUCCGAGUGUCCUGCUAGAGAAGCCGCUGCAGCUCUUGAGUGGACACGGGGACCCCAGCGGCCUCAAGUUGGAUGCCCCCCUGAAGGGCUGGCCCGCCAGGAAUGGCCACCCCAGGAGCCUUGCGGCCCUGUCUCUGGGGUCCAAACCCCUGGCACCCUUCUCCUCUCUGGAGUCUGAGGCCAACAGUGUGGCCCGGGACACCACCCAGAUCAAGGACAAGCUCAAGAAAAGGAGGCUCUCAGAGGGCUUGGCGGCAUCCUCCCGAGUCUCCCUGGAUCCUGUGGGAGGCCCCAAAGGAGUUCCUCUGAGGAGCACCAUCCCCCGGGCCACUUCUCAGAGGCUGCUGAGGGCGCCCAGGCCAAUGCCUCCCAUCCAGAGCAUCCCCCCCACCCCUGAGGCUGGCGGAGCCAAGGAGAAGGGCCUAGACCCACCUGGGAGCAGUCAGGGUCCCCAGGAGCUGAGACCCGGAGCCCAGGAGAUCUCCAGACAAUACCUGCAUUGCAAUGACGAGAAGAUGCACAAGUCGCUGGGAGGCGUUGUGACCCCGCCCAUCCCGAAGGCCGCCGUGUCUGCUGGGGCCUCCUCCUCUACGGCUGGCCCCCUUCCCAGCUGCUUGCCUCCCGGCCAGGGUGUCCUGACGGGCCUGAGGGUCCCCCGCACGCGAUUGGUUCAGGAGAGUGGGCCUCGGGAGAAGACCCCUAAAUCUCUGGAGCCAAGACCUUCGGCCCUGCCUGUCAGAGACAGGUCUGCCACCCCUGAGAAGCCCGCCCUGCUUUCAUCUCAGUCCGCUCCUACACUGACAGCUUUCUCCUUCGGCCAGAACAAAGGAGCCCGCCCCUCGCUCAAAGAAGAGGACCAGAAGGAGAGCAGUACCAAGAUCCACGUCACCAUCUCCAAGUCUGCCCAGGAGAAGAUGCGGCUGAGGCAGAUGAAGGAGAUGGAGUUGCUCCAGAGGGCAGAGGAGCUGGAGAGGGAGAGGGAGCUUGCUUCCCAGAGCCUGGCCUCCCGGAGAGCCCUGAUGAAGGAAGGCCUCCUUCCCCUCCGGGGUAGUGGGACCAUGUCUGUGCCCACGGGGCUGAGCAACCCGCACAGAAACAUCGGUGGCAUCCUGAGGAAGCGGGCCAACCGGGCCUCACUGCCCAGCAUCCCUGUCAGCAAGCAGGAGCCCAGCUUUGCCCGCCAUGCUUCAGCCAACUCAUUACCUGUGGUGCUUACCUUGGGGUCUCCCGAGCGGGAAGAAGAGGAGGAGGAAUUGGAUCCUAGAACCUUUAAGGAGUUGAGGCCUUUCUCGAACCCUGAGGUGGGGCUGAUGGAUGCCCUCCAGUGCCUGGAGAGCAGCGACUGGCAGAUGAAGGAGAAGGGCCUGCUGAGUGUCCAGCUCCUGGCAGUUUGUCAUUCAGAUGUCCUUGCUGGGAGGCUACACGACGUGUCCUUGGCUGUGACGGGGGAGGUCACCAACCUCCGCUCCAAAGUGUCCCGCCUGGCCAUCAGCACUCUGGGAGCCCUCUUCCGGACCUUGAAGAAGAACAUGGACCAGGAGGCUGAGGAGAUUACCCGCGGCCUGCUCCAGAAGAUGGGGAACACCAGCGAGUUCAUUCAGAGAGCCGCCCACCGCUCCCUGGGGGCCAUGGUGGAGAAUGUGACCCCCGCCCGCUCCCUGGCGGCCCUCACUUCAGUGGGCAUCUACCACCGAAACCCCUCAGUCCGGAAAUGCACUGCCGAGCACCUCUCAGCCGUCCUGGAGCAGAUAGGUGCCGAGAAACUUCUCUCGGGCACCAGGGACAGCACGGAGAUGCUGGUGCGCAACCUGGUGAGGCUGGCGCAGGACUCCAACCAGGACACCAGGUUUUAUGGCCGCAAGAUGGUGAAUAUCUUGAUGUCGAAUACGAAGUUUGAUGCAUUUCUGAAGCAGAGCCUCCCGUCUCAUGACCUACGGAAGGUCAUGGCGGCUAUUAAGCAGCGGGGAAUAGAAGAAAGCGACGGACUUCCAUCUGCCAAGGGCCGCAAGGUGUCGAGGAGUCUGGUGCUGGGUGAGGACGGGCUGCCCAGCGAGGAUGGGCUCAGCUCCGGCGGCCCUCAGCAGGCGGGGCUUCGCUCCUCCGUGCGCGGCGGCCUCAAGGUGGCGGGGCACCUUUGGGAGCUGACGCGGCUGCUGGAGGCCAAAGAGUACCAGUCUCGGAUGGAAGGCGUGGGGCGGCUCCUGGAGCACUGCAAGGCCACGCCGGAGCUCAUCACCGCCAACCUGGUCCAGGUCUUUGAUGCUUUCACCCCAAGGCUUCAGGAUUCCAACAAGAAAGUGAACCAGUGGGCCCUGGAGUCCCUUGCCAAGAUGAUCCCCCUCCUGAAAGAAAGCUUACACCCCAUGCUGCUCUCCAUCAUCAUUGCUGUUGCAGACAACCUCAACUCCAAGAACUCGGGGAUUUACACUGCCGCGGUGACUGCACUGGAUGCCAUGAUUGAGAAUCUGGACAACUUCUGCCUCCUACAAGCGUUUGCUGGGCGGGUGCGUUUCCUGAGUGGCCGCGCGGUGCUUGAGGUCACGGAACGUCUGUCCGUGCUGGUGGCCUCCGUGUACCCCCAGAAGCCCCAGGCUGUGGAGCGCCAUGUCCUUCCAGUCCUCUGGUGUUUCCUGGGCAACAUGACCGGGAACGGUGUCCUGCCCGGGCACAGCAGGAACGUCCGCACGGUGGCGCGUCGGCUGUCCAGAAGCCUCCAGGAGCACAUGGGCUCCCGGCUGCAGGACCUGGCUGCUGGCCAGCCACGGCAGGUCCUCAGAAUGCUCCAGGACCUCCUAGACGCAGCGCCGCCGUGAGGCAGCCCAACCAACGUCACCGACAGAGGGAUGGCAUUGGACAGCAAGACAACUGGCAGCUCAUACCCCUUUCAACCGGCUAAGAGACGGACCUGA